GCAAUCAUAGACAAAUCUUUAAACCACUAAUCCGUGAUGUACUCUCUCUCCCGUUAAAAAAUGUGGAAUAAAUUGAAUAAAUUUCUCAUUAUUGUUCCGUUAAUUGUAGUUACAAAUGUAGAAUAUUAAAUUCGUGAAAUAUUUGUUCAAGUGGUAUCAGUCAUCACUUUAUAAAUAUCGAGAUAUAAGGCAUUUGCUUAUCAAAAUGCCGUCAACCCACCUAAACCUACGCGAGGAUGACGUAGUCCGGCUGGCCCUAGAGUUUCUACACAACCGCGACUUGCACAUUACACAACUAUCAUUAGAGCGUGAAACCGGAGUUAUUAAUGGCAAUUUCGCUGAUGACGUAUUGUUCCUACGUCAGCUUAUCCUCGACGGACAAUGGGAUGACGUACUGGAGUUUAUUCAACCACUUAGCGCUCUUAAAGCUUUUGAAGCGGACAAAUUUAAUUACGCUAUUCUAAGGCAUAAGUAUAUAGAAUUGUUAUGUAUAAGAUCUGAAAUUAAAGCUUAUAAUAAUGUGGAAAAUAUCGUAGAUGAAGUUGUCAAGGUCCUUAGUGAUUUAGAGAAGCUAGCGCCCUCGAAAGAAGAAUACUCAAAUCUAUGUUUAUUGUUGACCUUACCCAGUAUUACUGAUCACGCCCAGUUUAAGAAAUGGAACCCUAGCAAUGCGCGCGUUCAGUGCUUCAGAGAGGUGUAUCCUCUCGUUGAACAAUUCUUGCCUUGCGAUAAAAAAUCGAGCGGUUCUGUGUCUAAAUGUGCAAAAAAUGAUCGAUUAAUGCAAUUACUCAUAAAGGGAAUUUUGUAUGAAUCAUGUGUUAACUACUGCCAGGCCAAAGCCACGGGCUCCAAGGAAGCACAAUCAAAUGAAGUAAAUUUUUCAAGAUUAUUAGAUGGUUCUGGGUUUGAUGAAUCAGAUCUGAGUUUACUAUCAUGGCUACAGUCUAUUCCUGCCGAGACAUUUAGUGUUCCGUUUGAACAGAGAAUGUUGAAUGUAGAUGUGGAAAAGUUAGAGCGUCCGUCGUUACAUACUUCAUGGACGGAGCACAUGCUGGUUACGCCCAUAAAACCACGCACAUUCCCCCAUUUGGCGAUGCCAUUUAGGCGACCACGCUCGGCCGCCGAUGCUAUGACGAGAUCAUUGCGUCCGCUUCCUGACGGUGCUCCCCGGCACCCAGCUGUUAUGGCUCUCUCGGCAAUCGAUUAUGGCCCGUCAUCUUCAUGUUUUGCUGGAUUUCAUUUAACUGGAAUUAAGGGCAGCAGACUGAUGAACACUUCUGUUGAUAGAUUAUUUGACAGUAAAAACGCCGAGAGUAUUUUUAACGGGCUAAACGAAUCUCUCAAAACUAUCGAUGAAACAUUGAAACCCAUCGGCGAGUACACAGGCUCUUCGAAAACGAACGACAGUAGUAUCGGCGCGUCUAACGCCACUACUCCCGAGCACAGGGGGCAAGAUUACUCAGCCUCUACGUCGAUAUCAAACACGGCAGCGUCGACAGAACGCUCAUCACUCGCAGAGCGCACGCCGCAGCAAGCUGAAGCGGCAAUGCUGCCCGGCGCCGAUGGCGAUUUUAGAAGGGAACUACUAAAAGAAUAUCAAAUUCAGAAACAACGCGAGUGCGAUGAUUAUCUUCGUAAUCUUUGCUCUUCAGACUUGAGGCAACAGAAAAUGGUGGAACAAAUAGAAGAUGUUGCAUCAGCUUUUCCGUCAGCUGUCAAGAAUCCACAACAGAUAACUGCAGAUAAAAGUCGUGAGCAGCCGCCUUUUAUCAGGAAAAACGACACUAUCGAAACGCCGGAUAUGGGAGACACGAAAAACGCACAAAUGAGAAAUGGUGGUCACACGGGUGUGCCCAUCUCGAAUCCGAGUAAUGUGGGUGUAGGACCGGAGGUAAACGGAUCCAGGCCCACCUUCAAACCUGUCACAGUGUUGGAAGAUCUUCAGGCGGUCCGAUGUGCAGAGUUUCAUCCAAAUGGCAAGCUAUACGCCGUCGGAUCUAAUACAAAGACUCUCAGGAUAUGCACAUACCCUAAGAUUGAGGAUGUCAAGGACACUAGCACUCCAUCUGCACCAACAGUGUUACUGAAGCGCACCAAACACCACAAGGGGAGCAUUUACUGCCUAGCAUGGAGUCCAGCUGGCGAUCUGCUCGCUACAGGCUCCAACGACAAGACUGUCAAACUGAUGAGGUUCAACAGCCAUGCAUGCAAUUUGGAAGGACAGGAGGUUGAGCUGACGAUGCACGACGGUACCGUCCGUGACGUCUGCUUCAUCGAAGACACGUCAAACAAGACCAGUCUGUUGGUCAGCGGCGGCGCUGGCGACUGUAAGAUUUACGUCACUGACUGCGCUACAGGCAAAACUUUCCAGGCGUUAAGCGGACACUCUGGACAUAUACUGUCCCUGUACAACUGGGGCGGCGCCAUGUUUGUCUCGGGCAGUCAAGAUAAGACUGUGCGUUUCUGGGACCUGCGCACGGGCGGCUGCGUCAACGUUAUUUCGCCUCCGGCGGGACAGCCUAACAAGGGAUCGGCAGUGGCAUCGCUAGCGGUAGACCCAAGCGGCCGGCUGUUGGUUUGCGGUCAUGACGACGGUUCGUGCGCACUGCAUGACGUGCGCGGCUCCCGAGCACUGCAGCGCUUCACGCCCCACUCAGGCGACUUGCGCAGCGUUCGCUUCUCACCCGGCGCCUACUAUCUGCUCACAGCCGGCUAUGAUGGACGCGUCGUUUUGACUGACCUCCAGGGUGACCUGACUUGCGCCCUGCCGAGUGUCCCCGUGGCCAGACACCCCGACAAAGUGAUAUCCGCCCGGUGGCAUCCUGACGAUUUCUCGUUCCUAUCAACUUCAGCUGAUAAGACCGCCGUGCUGUGGACUAUACCCCCCGUUUAGCCUACAUCGUACCGAGUCCCACCGGCUAGGACAAGAGCAAAAGCUCGAGCAACGUAUUGACGUCAUCAAUAUCCUACAUGACACGUAAUCUCCACGAUUCCACUACAUUCACCGUGCCUCACCCAACAGCUUUGCCUUACAAUCAUUUAAAAAGAAAUAGAACAAUAAAUAGAUAAUAGUUAUUACAUAGGAUUAACAAAAAAACAAAACACGGUGAAUUUGGUAGAAUCUGUAUCUAUGUAACAAAAGUACAGGAAUUAAUCGUGGAAGUAUUUACAUGAAGGUACAAUUUAUACGACAAUAUCGAACUUCGACCGACUGGGCGGUACGAUACGAACAAAAAUAAAAGCACCAAUUUACGACGUUUACUAAAUAUCGCCUAUGCAUUGCACCUUAAAUGAUGCCUGUAUGCGACAAUCUGAAUUCGCUUUUAUCGCGACUGUAUAGCGAGUAUUUUGCUUACAUACCUCUGAACUUUUCAAUUGCAUAUUAAUAUGAAAUUUAACACCCCUUGUGGUUAAUAUGUAGUUAUGAAUAAUUGAGAUGUUUAACCUCCAAUGAGAGGAAAUUAAUUGUAAUUAUGUAAAAUAAAAAAUGGUGUUAUUGUGGGCCUAAUAUCAGUGUGCUGAAAGGCAGGUCUAGUUAAAAUAUGAGAAUAUUUGAAACUAUUUCAGAUAUAAAAUCAUUACGAUCAGCCUUUCUUUAUUUUAUCAUUAUGUGUAAUGUCAAAUGGCUCUUAUUUGUAUUAACAUUCAUCUAAAUGUCGAUGUUUGCCCUUAAGUUUAAAAAAUAGAAUCUAAGUUUAGUAAAAUAGCUGUACUAGACAAGCGAUUCAUUAGUAACUGAUGUUUUUGACGUUUACAGCGCUUACUGUUAAUAGUGAUGUGCUGUAAGAAGGCAUUCUAAUCUCAUUAUUUUACUAAGCUUUAAACUAAAUGAUUUGUCCACAGCACCGAUAUAGCGCUAAGCAAAAACUUCUAUACUUAAUGUUAAUUUGUUUCGUGGACGAGGCGCAGUCGUCUAUUCAGUAAGCGUAGAUUACGUAGUCACAAGUAGGUAGUAAUUUGUUUUGUCACAACAACCCUAGGUUUACACAGUAGCUACGUAAAGCCCACUAAUGUACUGAUCUUCAAAUAUAUCACAUAAUUCUAGUUCACAAUAGAACAUGACUUAUUUAUGUACGGUGACACGGCAAUAGUACUUCGGAAAAAUCUUUACAACACAGGCAGAUUUGUCGAUUACUUUAAGAAAGUAGAGUUAAGACAAUAUAUUCAUUGAACAAUGCCAUCCAGACUCAGUCAAAUUAUUUACUUCCUUGAGAAAAAUAAGUCUGUCUGUCGAUAUUAGUGACGCUAGUUACUUCUGCAGUCUUUGGAGAAAAACAAGUAAGAAACUCCAAAGAUAUUGACAGUAUUUACAAUUCCAUAAGUGUGCAAACCGUUCACCGUAGCACUGAUAAAUAUAAUACAUAAUAAUAAUUAGACAGGGGAUUUUCGACAUAUAAUUGGUUUUUAUUAAAAUGGACUACGGAAAUAUGUGUUUUAAUAUUUAUAUACCAUUUUAUUUGGUAUUCUUCCAGUGAAACACGGACAGCAAUUUUGUAAAUUAAUGAUUUAUUAAUUGUAUUAAUAUUUAAAAUAAAAUCUUAAAGAUUAUAAUGUUACUUAAUAUAAUGUUAAUAAAAUUUAAAUGCAAUUUAAUUGUGUAUGACAUUGCACAAAUUUUAUAUCAUUGGUUUGUAAAGCUCAUAUUAAAAUUAUUUGCAUAGCUUAUUAUAACCUUGUCAAACAAGUACUUACAUUAAGUAGUGUUUGAUAUUUAUUCUUGUAAUCGGAUGUUAUUUUUUUUUGUGUAAGGGUGCGUCCAACUAUGCGAAUGCGCCGCCCGCAAGCUGUAUGAGUUAAGCACUAAAACCAUUGCUGCGACUGGACCCGCGAAGUUAGCGGGCGGCUCGCGUGCUGUGCUUUCGUCAUAUGGUGUGGUGGACGCACCCUAAUAUGCGCGCGAUUAUUUAUUAAUUCAUUGUUACUAUUGAUCACACAAGUGAUUAAUACGAAGUGAACAUUUUCUUUUACGAUAUAAUGGUUACGUUGUUUGUUCAGAUACGAGCGGUGUAUAAAGU